UCCCGCAAUAAUCCCAAAGGAUCACCCUUGACAUUGUGGUUAAACGGUGGUCCAGGAUGCAGCUCGCUUUUUGGGGUGUUCGAGGAGAUCGGACCUUGCAAAGUGCAUAAACACGGCUCGGAAAUUACCAACAACAUUUAUAGCUGGAACGAAGUUUCCAACGUGUUGUUCGUUGAUCAGCCAAUCGGUGUAGGAUUAUCAUACGGGUCACGCGUUGUAAAUUCAACUAACCAAGCCGCCGAAGAUCUAUAUGUAUUUUUGCAAAUGUUCUUUCUGAGAUUUCCAGAGUACGCCGAUCUGGAUUUUCAUAUUUUCGGAGAAUCUUACGGUGGACAUUAUGUUAAAAAAAACAGAUCUAUCGAGGACCUCAAAGAAACAACUAAACAGUGCGACUACAAAUACGACGAUAUCUUCUAUAAUAAUUCUGGUGUAAACCCUUAUGAUAUUCGCGUAUCAAAUAUCUCUACCGCUACCACUUCACAUUCGGAUUACAUCGAUUUUUUGAGUAGACGCGAG